AUGAGACCCCCAUCUCCGUCAAUCCCAGAGAAAGACUUUCUCUUCUCUGCACUGAAACAAUCUCUCCGCAUUGAUGGACGUCUACCGCUCGAAAUGCGCAUCCCUGAACUGAGAUUUGGACCAGAACUUGGAUACGUCGAAUGCGCUUUUGGAAAAACACGAGUAAUUGCUCAAGUUGAAGCCAAAAUGGCAAAACCAACGCCAGAAAGGCCUUUUGAAGGCAUUGUGUCGAUCUACUCUGAACUUUCGCCUAUGGCUUCUGCUGAAUACGAAACCCUUGGUAGAGCUUCGGAAGAAGAAAUCACCAUAACACGCAUGCUAGACAAAGUUCUGCGACGAAGUGACGUUCUGGACAAGGAAUCCUUGUGUGUUAUCGCAGGGCAAAGGGUAUGGCACCUAAAAGUGACCAUCCAUUGUCUCUCCGAUGCUGGUAAUAUGCUCGAUUGUGCUUGUCUCGCUGGUAUUGUUGCUCUCAAACAAUAUCGAAUACCCGACGUUGAAGUAAUUGGAGAAGACGUGACAAUAUAUCCAGCGUCAGAGCGCGCUCCGAUACCACUUGCCAUGAAUCACACCCCAUUCUGUUUCACGUUCGCCUUCUUUCCAGACUCGCAAGUCCCACCUGUCCUGGAUCCGUCGCAGCUUGAGCAACGACUCAAUUCUGGACUGAUGUCAGUUGCAUUGAACGCCCAGAAAGAAUUAAUUGAUUUGAGGUCACAUGAUGCUCGGAUGUUACUUAUGUCUGCGACCGUUCCUCCGAACUCCACAUCUACUGGCACUGCUCUCUUCAAAGGCAAAGCGAAGGCGAUCCCCCCUGCCAUCGACUUCAAUGACCUUUCACCUGCUCUCACUUAUCGAACAAUUCUCAGCGGAAAUCUUGGAACACGAGAUCCUUUGCGCGUUAUCGCCCUCUGCGACUCUGAUGCUUUCUACGCUGGGUGCGAGAUGGCGAGACUGAAUAUCUUCGACAAACCGCUCGUCGUUUUGCAGUGGACCCUUCUCAUUGCCGUUAAUUAUAUCGCGCGGAAAUACGGAAUAACAAGAAUGAUGUCUUUGAAGGAAGCAAAGGAACGAUGUCCAGAGCUCAUCGUUGUGCACGUAGCUACCUAUAAGGAAGGAGAAGAGGAACCAGGCUAUUGGGAGAACCCUGACACGCGAACUCACAAGGUUUCCCUCGAUUUCUAUAGACGAGAGUCCAUUAAGAUUUUGCAUAUGUACAAGGAGGGUUUACCGGAAAACACAGAGAUUGAGAAGGCCAGCAUCGAUGAGGCAUUCUUUGACUUGACGCGUCCUGUUCGCCAAAUUCUGCUUCAUCGUUACCCCUACCUCGGCCAAGUACCUGAAGACGCUCCACUAGGCCCAGAUACGCCAUUACCUUCACCACCACAAGAUUCGAUGUGGCAUGAAAUGAGUACCAUCAUCCCAAUCACUCCAUCCCUUGAACCCCCUGUCGAAGAAAAGCCUACAACUUGGCACGACAUAGCGCUUUCUAUUGGAGCAGAGCUGAUGCAUGAUGUGAGAACGAAGAUCAGUGGCAAGUUGAAUUACACUACUUCUGCGGGCAUAGCAAGGAACAAAUUUUUAGCCAAGCUGUGCGCAUCGCAUCGCAAACCCAUGGGCCAGACCAUCUUGCAAAACGACGCUAUUCCCCACUAUAUUCUGCCGCUCCAGUUCCAGAAGAUCCGUUUUCUCGGCGGUAAAUUGGGCCUUGCCCUCGCCGACGAGUAUGACGUGUCGACCGUGGCAGAUCUUUUACGAAUACCGCUAGAAACUAUACAACAGCGAUUCGGCGAGAGUUCAAUAUGGGUAUACCAAGUGAUCAGAGGAAUAGACUACUCGGAAGUAAAAGAGAAGACAGCAUUGAAUAAAUCAAUGCUAGCGGCGAAGAAUCUUCCAGAGCCAAUCACAAAGCUAUCGGACGGAUACCAGUGGAUUCGCAUGCUGUCUGCUGAACUCGCACUGCGAUUGAAUGAAGCAAGGCAAACAACACCUAACUUGUGGCCGAAAACCAUUGUGUUGCAUGCUCGGAAUCUCCUGGGAGAUGGACGUCGCUCAAAGCAAGCACCAUGGCCGUUUGUUCGAGAUGUGACGGUUGACGUUAUUGCGAAUGCAGCUGAUCGUCUGUGGCGAGAGCUUGUCAACCCACACGGGCCAAUAAAAGUCACCAGCGUUUCACUUGCAUUCACGGGUAUCGAAGGCGUUGAAACUGGGCUCGCUGGAAUUGACACCUUCUUCAACAACAAACCCGUUUCCAAACGGAGCCGGGAUGACGAGGUUCAUUUUCGAGGAAAUCAUUUUGUAUGUGGACGUUGCGGGUAUAAGGCUUCCCUCCCUCCCUCUGCAACGCGGUCAGAACCAGAGCGCGAAUCUGCCUUGAUGUCACUCAAAAUGGAACAUGACGAUUUCCAUGUUGCGCUCGACUUAUCUAAGAAUCAGGAUAACCAUGAUGCUCCCUCCUCUCCACCGAAGAAGAAAAAGAAAAAGAAGAAAAGUACUCCGGAGUCGUCGCCACAGGGCAUUGCGAAAUUCUUCAAUCGGACCAUAUAA